CUCAAACGCAUUAUAAUAAUGAAAAUCCAAAACAUACACAGGCAACAUGUCCAUUUCUAAAAGCGAAUCAGACAUCAUUCUGAAUCGAGCCAAUGUCGCAUUGGCGCGAAGCCAACGCCUCGUAGCCUCCUGGCUCCCUCCCAAGACCGAAGAUGAAUUAACAAACAUCAAAACCGAGGAGGAAUUACAAAAAGAAGAGGAUGAGAUAUUUACCGCUGUUCCUGAGACACUCGGAGUCGGCGCUCCCCUCCCCCAGAAGGCAGCAGAUGGAAGUUGGAACCGGACGGAAUUGAGCUCCAACGACAAGUUACGGAAACAGUUACUCGGCAAGAACUAUGAGAAAGUCACCAAGGCCAAGGCACUGGCUGCUAAGCAGGCGUUGAAUCAAUCGGCAGCAUCUACUCAAUCGAGUACGCCCCAAGAAGACGAGGACGAUGAUGAAGAAGAGGGACGAACGGCGUUGGUUGGGAGGAAAAAGAAUAACAAGAAGAGAAAAGUUGAUUCGAAUCAGAAGGAAGAGACUCCUGGUACAUCGGAUGCUGUCAAUGGUGAUAAUGGUGAUGGUGACGAUGAAGACGCCAAACGAGGAGCAGCUUCUUCGUCACGUCCAUCGGCAAAGGGGAGGAAAAAGGCCACAAGCUUUUUGGAUGAGAUACUGGCGCAGAGAUCAAAGAAGAGAAAGAAGUGAAUUUUUGGACGGAUACUUGUUCUAUAGUCUGUUCUGUUAGGAUCAAUAUACCCACUUCGUUGUCACUACUAUAUGGAUCAGUAAUCUGAGCAUCCAUAAUUACCAGGACAAUUCCCCGUCUCAAUAAAUGUACUCUGAAAUUAUCAAACAUCCACUCUGCAAUCCUAGAUUAUUACCUUAUUACCAAAAAACACGGUUCUUGCUCCACCCAACCCAAGGGUAUAAUAUGAUAUGCGGUAAAACCGAGUACUAAAAGCCUCGC